CGACUCUCAGCACUAACUGCUGCUGCUCAGAACACAGUUCCAGGAUAAUCCCAAACAGAUGGCCCCGCAGGGCAGUCCAAACAAAGUUUACUUAUUAAACUGUGCAGCGGCCCCUGCCCUGUCUCUUAUCUGAGGCUCCACGCCCGCGUUCAGAGACGCCGUUUCGCAAUAGAACAGUCUAGCUGCCGCUCAUUUUGAUUUCCCAGCCUGCUCCCGUGCGUGUGAGGAGAACGCGGGACGUCAGUUCUGGCUGCACAGGAAACGCACACACCAACACGGAGUGACAAGCUUCAGAGAGAGAGAACGGGAAGCACUGGGAGACGCCCUGUUGUUUGCUUAACAGCCUGCUUACACCGUGUGCAAGGAACAGUGGCAGGCGCAUUAUGGGACAUCCGAGCUUCCCGUGCAUUGUCCUGUUGGCUCUGGGCCUCGUGUCCAUCUCAGGCCUUCCCGAGGACACUCUGAGAAAAAUAAAAGAUCUCGGGGACAAAGACUUCGGCCACAACUUCCCCCGACACGGGCUGAACCUCCUGUACUGGUUCUGCAGCGAAUACGUCACGUUCGACAACAACAACAACAUGCAGCCAGCGCAGGACCCCGAAAACAAAGCGUUCGGGUUCCAUUACUACGGAAACAAGGAGAACGUGCUCCCCUCUCUGCGCAACCAGAGGGACUAUGCCUACUACGCCGUGGGCAACAUGUUCGACGACCGCAACUUACCGGAGGGCCGGAAGCUCCCGGCGUACGUCACGGAGGAGUUCGGACGCUCCAAGAACCGGGACUCCCGCGACCAGAACAACAAGGACCGGAUCAUCGUGAGGAGGACGCCCUACGGCGGCCUGGACCGCGUCUACAUCACGCAGCACUACGACUUCGACAGCGGCCACGGCAGCGCGUACGACCCGCAGCACACGUACGCCGUCAGCGCCGACCUCAUCCGGGCCAUCGGCCGCCUCUCCCGGGAGCGCUUCCUCGAGCCCUUCCCGCCCAGGACCAGGGGCCACUACGCCCUGUGCCACCCCAAGAAGGGCUCCGCGCCGCCGCGGAACUCGGAGGAGUGCAGCCACGAGUUCUCGGACGGGGGCCGCCGGUCGCCCAGCGCUACGCUGGUGGGCCUGUGCUGCGCGGUGCUAGGGCUGCUUAUAGGCUGCUCAUAGGCUGCUCAUAGGCUGCUCAUAGGCUGCUUCUAGGCGUUUACAACCCGAUCCGCACAUCACUGCACCGCCUCCAUUACGAUACCUGCAGCUGCAUUAAUCUAGACCAGGGGUCACCAACACGGUGCCAGCGGGCACCAGGUCGCCCCCAAGGACCACAUGAGUCGCCCGCAGGCCUGUUCUAAAAAUAGCACAACUCGCUAGUGAGCUGCAUCUAAAAUUUUAUUUUAUUCUGUUGCUAUUUUUUUUUUUUUAUCACACUUGCAUUUAUAUAGAUUUAAAAAUGACAAUAAUAUAUUUAUAUAUCUUAAAAUAAUAUAUCUUAAAAAUAUGUUUAUCAUACCUGAAGUUCAGAUAAGUUUAGGUGAACUCUGACCUACUCUAGUUCAAAGGUCAGUAUUGUGCGCGUGACAAAACAAACUGGUAGCCCUUAGUAUGACUCAGUACCCAUGAAGUAGCUCUCAGUUUCAAAAAGGUUGGUGACCCCUGAUCUAAACUAUAAUAUUCAAUGUAUUUUACAGUACAUAUUCACAUUUGGUUGUAUGUAUGUAUGUAUGCAUGUAUUGCUUUUGAUGCAAUGCUAAGAGCCCAACUAUCAUUGACUGCCAUGUGGCCACUGCAUUGUCUUUAUGUGAGAUGGAAAAUCAUGUGUUCACAGCAAAAACCAAAAAGUACAUCAACCUUAACAUUUAUCUUAGUCUUAUUUACUCUUUUGCUAGAUAAGACAAAAAUAUGGGCAAUGAGCUGAGGCAUUCUGAGGGAUAAGACAAUUUCACUUGUCUAGCAAAGAGUAACUUAAAACAAGCAAAUAUUUUCUACUUGAUAGCAGAAAUUAAAUUGGAAUUAUAUUUUGAGUCCCUUUACAAGGUUAAAACACUAAAGGGAGUUCGUUUUUGCAGUGUUGCUGUUGUGUCAGUAUAUACUCACUGAGCACUUUAAUAGGUAUUUAGUACAUUUGUUUUAUUCUGCUGCUGCUGUAGCCUAUCCACUUAGAGGUUUGACAUGUUGGGCAUUCAGAGAUGCUCUUCUGUAUACCACUGUUAUAAUGUGUGGUUAAUGUCACCUUCCUGUCAGCUUCCUGUCUUCUACUCUGACCUCUCUCAUUAACAACAUGUAAAGCAUUUUUGCAUGCAGAAUGUUUCCAUUAACAAGCUGGUGUACAGGUCUACCUAAUAAAGUGCUCACUGAGGGUACAUUUGCACUGACCCCUGAAAUGUCCUCAGGGACACUGGUGCUGUAAAUCAGGGGUUUCCAGUCGGUGGCCCACAGACCACUGACCAGCUGCCUGCCAGUGGGGUGAUUUCUACCCCAUUCACUGCUCCUAGAGACUAGAAACUUUUUAGUAACAUACUGUAAGUCCACACAUUGCAAGGCACAAAAACCAAUCAAACCUGAAGUUCCUGUUAUUUUGACGAGCUGGAGUUUUCGUCAGCUUGGGGCAUUUGUAUUUCGUACUCUGAUGCACGCUAUUUAUUAUCUUAUUUGCUUAUUAUCCACUUUAAAGACAUACGCCAGUGCUGUUUAACUGUAUAAAAUUACACGUGCAUGGUUAGCGUAGGGCUGCUAACAGAAAUAAGAACGUUCCCACCCCUAAACAGCACAACACCAGCAGUAACCAAAGAUAUUUCCACAUAGAAAAAAUCACCAUAGAAAAGAAAUUAUGAUUACAAAUCAAAAGAUCAAUGGGUACCCAUAUCCAAGGAGAACCUCUUGUAUUAACUUACUGGAGUCUGAAUUUUGAAUUUAAUUAUCAUUACAUUACAUUACAUUUCAUUACAUUCUAUUUAGCACAUGCUUUUAUCCAACGCGACAUACAAAAAAGUGCAUAUCAAAGUCAUUAGACCAAUUACAGAACAUGUCGAACAAGGUACAAUUCACAAAGAAUCAGUUGAACAAUUACUUUACAAAUACUGUAGUAUAAAUUGCUGCAGUUACGGAUAUUACUUUGCAAUAGUCCAUCCCCUGAAAUUAUUUAAUGAUUUUCCUCCCAAUUUACUAAAUCAGCUAUGUAGUGAGUGGUUUGUCUUUGUUUACAAAUUACAUAGUAAAUACAUACAAAAUACAUUUAUUUGUAUUGAACAUGGUGAAAUUUGCACUGUAAUGUGAAAUUGUUUAUUUUUCACAAACCAAAAGUGGCGAAUGUAUAUUUUUUGUACUCUUUCAGGGUUUAUUGCCCAACUUGUGCACUUAAAUGAAGUGGAAAACUAAAUAAUUAUUUGCAAUUCAUUUGUUUUUGAUAAAGUCAUGUGCUGCAGCUGCAUAUUCUAUACGUAUGAUUGUUUUCCUUGCCAGAAUCCACCUGAUAUGGACAUGAAAACCAUUUCAUAAUUCAAUCAUUUCAUUUAUUAGAAUAUAUGGACAUAAUACAGUAUAUACGGGUAUGGGUGCUCACUACCCUCCUCUUGUCAUCAGCAGUCUACGAUAACCAUUUUGCUUUUUUGGAAUAUGUAAAAAAAUCUGAUGUAUUGUUUAAUGGUUCCCACUUUAAUCCUGACUCAUGUGCACACUGGCAUUGUGUUUAACGGUCCUUUCUUGGUUGCUGACAGUAUUUCCAUUUUGCAUGGUUGUGUUUGGACAGUGAGGAUGAAAUAAAAUGUUUUUACGUUCUCA